GGUGGCAAGCAACGGCCAGGCUCCAUCUGUGGGCAAAGUGCCAGGGACUGCCGACACGGCGUCUGAAGACCCUGCUGGGUGCCUGAGCUCCGAAGGCAGCUUGGAGCCCAUGACCACUGGCAACGAAUUCCUUGACAAGGCCCUGGUCCUGCACCUGAACCACUGCAACCGUUUGCUGCUAAAGCUGGGCAACUUUGGUCCUCUCCGCUGCCAGGAAAUGUAUGCCCUUGACAGACUGGGAAGAGAUGUGCAGGUUCUAGAGAUGGCCAGUCGUCUGAUCGUGGACCGAGCAGGGAUGGCCGGCUCUGCUGAGGAAGUGGUCCAGUUCUCCAAGUGGAAGGAAGGAGUUUUCUCUUUCUGGGACAGAUGUGUGGCUGUCCCUAAUGUGUACACCUGCGCCGUAGAAAAGUUCAUGCAGAACUUUAAGGCCGAAUACACAGCACGCAUCAAUGACCGUCAGCCGGGCUUGGCCGAUUCAGUGUGCGUAAAGCUGGUGGAAGAACUUCUGGGGCACAGGUUGCCCAGGCGUCAGGGCAGUUGUCAGGCCGAGCAAGUCACCCUCUUCCAAUACUGGAGCCACUUUGAGGUCCUGCCUGUGGUUACACUGGAUUCCUACAUCAUGGAGCUGGCUGAAGAAGUGCUGCUAGCACAGAACCUGAAUUCUGAUGACCAAGAUGUGGUCUUGAAGGCGCUGAAGCGAGUUCCCGAAAGCCGGCUACGCAAGGACGGACUGAAAGCUUUGAGUUUGCUUCUGGUGGAAGGAAACACCAAAGUUAUUGGGGCUGUAACAGCACAAUUGCGCAACCUGUCGGAGAACUCCAGUUUUCGGGAGCGGGC